AUGUUCAUCCGCACAUACAUCGAAUACACCGAGCAGAAAAAGAAGGGACAUUCACCGCUUUCGAUUUGGGCCCAAAAGAACUACAUCCAGAUGAACGCGAUGAAGAUGAUCGAGGGAAUCAAACGGCAACUUUCGGAGGAGCUGCGCCGGACGGGCAUCAUCCAGACGAAUUGUGACGAGACCGAGAUGAAUCUGCACAGCGGCUCCUGGCCGAUGGUGAGGGCUGCUAUCGUGGCGGGCUGCUAUCCGGGUGUCGGUUACGUCCGUAUCGGCAACCGCCUGAAGAAGAUACGCACUACCGUCGAUCAGAAUUGCGGCCUGCACACGUCGUCGUGCAUUCGACGUCAGUUGAUGAAUCGGAACACGGACAAUCAGCGCAACGGCGAACCCAAGGAAGAGCCCCACAUCGAAUACGUCGUCUUCCAAGAGCUCUCCCGCAUGGAGGGACAAUCAUUGACGCAUGACGUCGAGGAACUGGGCAGUGAUGAGGAACAAGAGGCGGCAAUCUACCCGGCGCUGUCCAUCCUUGAGCUCGACGAUUGGUUCGGGGCAAAGGGCAGGCGAGCGCACCUCCGGCGCGUCGUUCAACUUCGAUUCCGGAUCAUGGAUUACUUCCUGAAGGUGAUGGAACAGCCGAAGCUGCUCUACACUCGUAAAUACGAUGACUUGUUGAAGACGAUCCGGACGUGCCUGGAGGUCGACCACGAAAGCCACCACUUCAACCCGUACGUAUUUUGCUUCGUCAAAGACAUUUCUGGAAAUCAGCUUCAGACGAGAAACACGCAGUCGUCGCACUCGCAAUCAAGCCUCUCCUGGGAUGAGAAUCCGAAGGCGACCGUGGUGAAGGUGUUCGCUCAGCAGCGACGAGCGCAGCAAGAAGAAGUCAAGGCCAAGCGAGUCGUGCAGCCGGAAGCGCCGCUUGAAGCCCAUCCGCCACCGACGCGCCAGCAGAGCUCUUCUUCGAAAACGGAUAGCCGUGACCGCGACCCGCCAAGAUCCUAUCGUG